AUGGCGAAUAUACGACCUCUAUUCUCAUUAGCCGAACUGGCCGCUCAGCGAAGCCUACGCCCGUCGUCGUCACUUGCGAUCGCAUACAGAAAUUAUCGUUGCUGUUGUCAAAGCUCGUUAUCUCAGAAAAACACGUUCAAUACGAUACAGUCUCACCCAGUUCCCUCCGCGCAUCGAUCCUAUUCAGCCACAUCCUCCAUGCUCUCGGGCUCCUCGCCCUUUCGAUUGACGUCGACACCCAAACAACACGCGGACACACCUGCUGCUGCUGUUGAAGAAGAAGUCGAAAUUGAAGAGGAAGAUGAAGGAUACUAUAGUCCAUACAAGCCCAAACGCCAAUGGCCACCGGACAUGUCGAAACUGUCGCCCAAACAUCAACUCCGAUUAGAACGCAAAUAUAGACGUCGAGCGGCGCUGAAAUAUGCUAGGCCACGAUGGGUUAAGGCUACGAAAUUGGUGCAGUGGGGUGUUAUUAUAUUCGUGGUGAUUUAUUCGGUGCUGUUUAUGGAAUGGGGCAAGGAAGGAGAGGAGCAUCCGUUCGAGGACGUGAGUGAUCUCUUCUAUAUUCUUACCUCCCCCGUCCCCGAAGAUUUUCUUCUUGCAGAGUUCCGCAAGGAUUUCUUUGCUUCGUUCAAUUCGCUAUUCUCGACGCCUCCGCCGCCUAGAAGGAAGGAAUAA